AUGAAGAAUUUCAUCUUAAUCCUUGUUCUUGUGUCUUUCUUCGGAUCCUUCGGAUCUUUUGCUGCUAAACCUGCACCAGCUCGUGUAACUGCUAUUCUAAGUAUUCAGGAUGUAACUUGUCCAGUUGAAUGUACAGGUGCUACACAUGCACAUGAUAGUAGGGAGAGAAUAUUUAUUUGA